AUGGCACCACCCCCUCUCCCCUCCCCCGGCGUAGCCGCCACCGCCGACGCCCUCGAGUCGCUCUUCCACGCAGGCACGCUCGACCUCGUCGUGCCGGCGACGAGCAGCCUCCCGCCCCUGCCCGAGGGCAAGGACGAGGCCGAGCUCGGCGCGUGGUGGGCGGGGGUGCAGGCGCUCGAGGCAAGGGAUACGGCGUUUCUGGACGAGAAACUAGCCUACGCCGUCUCGCUCUCCUUCCCCGACGCCCUCUUCGACGGCGACGACAAGCCGCCCGCGCUGUCCGCGCUUCUCUCCCGCCUAGUCCUGACGGCCACGGCGGCCUUUCUCCCGCCGCUAGGCAGCCGGCCAACCUCGACCGCGACAACGCCAGCAGGCGGCCUCCGACCGCCGAACAGCGCAGGCGCGACGCCGCGCACCGCGUCCACUGUCGGCCCGCCGACUGCCCGGCCGAACGGCUUCGCGCCGUCCGCAGGGGCCGAGGGCGCGCCGCCCCUCACGCCCAACCCCAUCCCCGUUACGCGUGGCAAUGAUGAGGAGUGGGCCGGCGUCAGCGGCGUCACUGUUUGGGAGGGCGCCGUCGAGGCGCCGGAUACGGAUCCGCGGCCCGUCGUGGUGCGCACCGAGGCGGGGUGGGUUGCUGUUUGGCGGGGCGAGCUGCCGAUUGUCUACGUCCGCACGCAGAUCGCCAACCCCGUCGUCGCGCUCACGGCCUCGGCGACCCUGCGCGAGGGCAGCGGGCGCAAGCGCUCCACCGCGGCGCCGGACAACGCGUCGAUCGUGUCGUCCACCACGAUGCAGACGGAGGAGGUGGACAUUGACGAGGACGAGGAUGAGGGUGAUCUCCUGGCGGGGAUGCAGGAGAUCGACCUCCUCGGCGGGCUGGGCGGGCCCGAGCCGAUGCCUGGCUCACGGCUCGGCCCGUCGCUCCGCGACGACCUGUUCGUCCGGCUGCCAGUCCGCACACCGACGUCGAGCCCACUCGCUAUCCGGCCCCUGGCGCCCAGCACGACGCUCCGCCAGUCGUUCCGCCGCGUGCUAGCCCUUUCCCCGGGCCUGCGGGUGCGUAUGCGCACGCUGUUCUUACCGCAGAUCGUCUCGCCCUACAAGGACGCCGACGAGACGGACGACAACGGCGAGCGACGGAUCGUGCUCUGCGUCGAGAUUGAGAACAGCACCGACGCGCAGGAGCACGGGUUCGAGGUCGACGCCGUGACGGUUGAUGUUGGCGGUAAAGGCGCCAAGGCGACCGCAACGCUCGUCUGCGAGCCUGGAGCCACGCCCGAGAACGCCGCGCCGUCCGUGUUCCCGCUUCGCCUGGCCGCGUUGGAACAGUUCAACCUCCUCUACGCAGUCGAGAUUGCCUCCUCGCCCACCGGGCUGGGCGGCACCGAGCCCCUGCGGAACAAGGGCGACGAGCACCGCCCCGUGUCCAUCAUCCUCUCGGGCAGACCUUUCCGCGGCGCGCCUGCCGUUUUCCCCACCGCGCCGUUCCAGUCACGCUGGAACUGCGCGCUGGAUCUGGGACCCUUCUACGCCAGCUUGCCACCUGCACCUCCAGCCCCGCCAGCACCAGCACCGCGCCCCGUGUCGCACAGACUGAGCAAGCCGACGCCGCCGACACCAAACGUCAUUGCAGGUGACAAGCGCUUCUCCUUGUCAACGUUACUGGCUGCCGAUCCCAAGCCCGCAGAGCAACAACGCCCAGGACCGCAGCAGCGCAGAUUCGUCUCUAACCCUGUCCGCCCGAUUGCACCCACCCUCGGCAACAGGCUAGCGUCGCACCGCGGCCCACCACCAGCGCACCUGCACGUCCCGCACCAGAACGAGGGUCACGGCCUCCUCGUGUCCGUCAAGCUGCUGCCGCAGGUCGGCGAUCGCGACGGCAAGAAGGUGGGCACGGCGGGGAGUAUCCGCCCGCUGGGGACAUUCUCCAUCGAGAUCUUCGUGCACAACCGUACCGACGCGGUGCGGCGCUUCCGCCUCGCGAUCCCGUCGCGCGACCCCGUCGACGGGCGGAUCCGCGAGCUCUGGGCCCGCAAGCGGCGACGACGGGCCGACGAGGCGUCGUAUGGCGUCGACGACGCCGUCCUCGCCGCCCUGCUGCGCCAGCACGAGGCCGGCGCGGCGGCGCUCAUCCCGCUCGAGAACGACGUGCGCUGCGGCCCCCUCCUGCCUGGCGCGUCGCUCGCCGCGCGGAUCCGCUUCCUCGCGCUGCGCGAGGGCGUGCACCGUAUCGACAAGCUGCGGCUCACUGGCGCCGGGGACGAGUUUGACUUUGUCAUCUCGCCUGUUAUCGAGGUGGUGGUCGGCGCGGCUGAUACGCCCGUCGCGGCGGGCGAGGUGGAAUAG